AUGGAAACCACCAACGACGCAGCACCAAGCCACCCCCCUGCGAAGUGCGAGAAACAAAGCAGCGAUGAUGCCACGACAAGCCAGAAGGACGAUCCAGCCGAGGGAAGGGAGGCAAUAGUCUACCCUUCUAUCUUGGUUCGCAGCAUCGUGGUCUUGAGUCUGAUGCUAGCCACUUUUCUAAGCAUCGUAGGCACUGCCAUUCCGAAAAUCACGACCGAAUUCAACAGUAUGGCCGACGCCGGCUGGUAUGGAAGCGCCUUCUUCCUAACAUUGGCUACAUUCAUUGCGGCAUGGGGAAAAGCCUACAAGUACUUCUCGUUGCGAAUUGUUUACAUCUUGGCCAUUGCCAUCUUCGAAGUCGGCAGCCUACUCUGUGCCCUCGCCCCAUCGAGCACAGCCCUCAUCAUCGGGCGUGCCAUCCAGGGCGCGGGAGCCGCAGGCGUAGCAGGCGGAGGCUACACCAUAUCAGCAUUCGUCGUGCCGCCCAGCGUGCAGCCAACAGUGGUCGGGCUGAUGGGUUCCGUCUUCACCGUUGCCAGCGUCGCGGGACCUCUCCUUGGCGGUGCCUUCACCUCUGGCGUGUCGUGGCGCUGGUGCUUUUAUAUCAAUCUGCCCAUCGGUGGCCUCACCAUGGGCUGCAUGGCGGUUUUCUUCAGAACCCCGGCGCGCGCUAAACUGAGUCACCAAGUCCCCAUGAAGGAGAUCGUCAAGAACUUUGAUCCCGUGGGACUUGUCCUCAUGUUUUCGGGUGUCCUCUGUUUCUUCCUCGCCGUGCAAUGGGGCGGUGUGGCAAAGCCUUGGAGCUCUUCCGAGGUCAUUGGGCUUCUAGUCGGUUGCGUGGUGCUCUUGGCUCUCUUCGCUCUUAAUGAGUGGUUCCAAGGUGAUCGAGCUCUUAUAGUCUAUCGAUUGCUACGCACGAGGUCUAUUGGCGGUUGCUCUGGGCUGAUUUUCUUCCUGAACGCGGCAAACAUUGCGCUGCAGUAUAAUCUCCCCAUCUACUUUCAAGCCAUCCAAGGGGAUACCCCUGUACAGAGCGGUAUCAAGAUGAUCCCGUCUAUCUUGUCCACGGCUGUUUCUACCAUGGUCGCAUCAAUCGCAAUCGGCAAGCUUCAAUUCUACCAGCCGUUCUUGAUUGCCUCGGGGCUCAUCUCUACCAUCGCCGGUGGCCUCAUUUACACGUGCGAUAUCAACACAGGCCUAGGUCCCAUCAUUGGGUACCAGAUCUUAUACGGAGCCGGUACAGGUCUCGGGGUGCAAACUCCAAACCUUGUAGCCACCGUAUCAAGUCGCGCUGAAGAUGUGUCUAUCGCAGUGGCCACUGUUUCCUUCUUCAUGCUCCUUGCGGGUGGCUGGGGCGUGGCUGUUUCUGAUGCUAUUCUAAACAACCUCCUUUUGCAGAAACUCCCUCACUAUGUUCCUAGUAUUGAUCCCCAUGCCGUUCUUGCCGCUGGUGCUGAAGGAAUAAAGGAUGCAUACCAGGGCCAAGAGCUUGAAGGAGUGAGACACGCAUAUAUUGAGGGCCUCCACGGUGGAUGGGCUCUUGGGAUUGCUGCUUUUGGAAUGGUCUUUCUCUGGGCCUUUGUUCCAAGCUGGCCUGGAAGAUUGGCCAAACCAUAG